CCACUCUCUUUAAGCGCGCGUCGCUUGCUGCCAUUGCAGCUGCGUUAAAAAAGAGAGAGAGAGAGAACUCCAUACGUCGCGCCUUCAGUGUUUCAUUCAGUUGCUGCAGUACGAGUGAAUCAUCGUAUAUCAAAGAGAUAGUAAAGCGACUAUCGCGGAGAAGUGGCAAAGAUAAUAAAAGCGGUGCGGAUCAACUGAAACACCACAGCUAUGAGUUAUCAGAUGUCAUCGAACCAAUCCAGGCCGAUGUCGCACGGCAACUACCAGCAGGCCCAAGGCCCAGCAGGCGAUCUUGGGAUGCCGAUGUCAAGCAAAGAGCAUACCCUCAUGUGGCAGCAAAACUCAUAUAUGGCUGAUUCGGGUAUCCACUCAGGUGCAGCAACUCAAGCACCAUCGCUUACAGGCAAAGAUGACGAUGAAAUGGAGGGUGACCCAUUAAUGUUCGAUCUUGAUCAGGGUUACGCUCAGAAUUUCACGCCUGACCAAGUUGAUGACAUGAACCAGCAAUUAAGCCAUACUCGCUCUCAGCGAGUACGUGCAGCGAUGUUCCCGGAGACACUUGAAGAAGGCAUCGAAAUCCCUUCAACCCAAUUCGACCCAGCACAACCAACAGCAGUGCAACGUUUGAGCGAGCCCAGUCAAAUGUUAAAACAUGCGGUUGUCAAUUUAAUCAACUUCCAGGACGACGCUGAUCUUGCUACGCGAGCUAUUCCCGAGUUGAUUAAAUUGCUCAAUGACGAAGAUCAAGUCGUUGUGUCGCAGGCCGCUAUGGUUGUUCAUCAGUUGUCAAAGAAAGAAGCUUCCAGACAUGCAAUUAUGAACAGCUUGCAGAUGGUUGAAACUUUGGUCAGAGCUAUCUCUAAUAGCGAAGAUCUCGAGUCGACUAAGGCCGCUGUUGGUACUUUGCAUAAUUUGUCACAUCACAGACAAGGUCUCUUGGCAAUCUUUAAGAGCGGCGGAAUCCCAGCUUUAGUCAAGCUACUCAGUUCGAGUAUCGAGUCAGUGUUGUUUUACGCCAUCACCACUCUCCAUAACUUGCUUCUUCAUCAAGAUGGUUCAAAAAUGGCAGUGCGUCUCGCUGGUGGACUUCAACGUAUGGUGUUCCUAUUGCAGCGAAAUAAUGUCAAGUUCUUGGCUAUUGUCACUGACUGCCUACAGAUUCUUGCUUACGGCAAUCAAGAGAGCAAACUUAUUAUUCUUGCAUCUCAGGGACCAGCUGAGCUGGUGCGUAUUAUGCGGACUUACGAUUACGAAAAAUUACUGUGGACUACUUCGAGAGUUUUAAAAGUACUAUCGGUAUGCGCUAGUAACAAGCCAUCUAUAGUAGAAGCAGGCGGUAUGCAAGCACUGGCCAUGCAUCUCGGUCACACAAGUCAACGUUUGGUUCAAAAUUGUUUGUGGACUCUCCGCAACUUAUCCGACGCUGGCACAAAAGUUGAUGGCAUGGAACACUUACUACAGAGUCUUGUUCAGCUGUUGGCCUCGAGCGAUGUAAACGUCGUCACCUGUGCUGCGGGUAUUCUUUCCAAUUUAACCUGCAAUAACCAACGCAACAAACUUACCGUUUGCCAAGUCGGGGGAGUCGACGCUCUUGUACGUACUAUUCUUAAUGCUGGUGACCGUGAGGAGAUCACCGAACCAGCUGUUUGUGCUCUGCGUCAUCUAACAUCUAGACACGUCGAAGCUGAAAUGGCACAGAACGCCGUCAGAGCAAAUUAUGGUAUUCAAGUUAUCGUCAAGCUAUUGCAACCACCGUCGAGGUGGCCGCUUGUCAAGGCAGUUAUUGGAUUGACCAGAAAUUUAGCAUUAUGCCCGGCUAAUCAUGUACCACUUAGAGAGCACGGGGCUAUUCAUCACCUUGUGCGACUGCUGAUACGUGCAUUCCAAGAUACCGAGAAACAACGAUCUUCGGUAGCCAAUACUGGAACUGGCCCAGCUUCCGGAGCUUACGCAGAUGGUGUACGCAUGGAGGAAAUCGUUGAAGGCACUGUUGGUGCACUUCAUAUUCUCGCUAGAGAAUCGCACAACAGAGCUCUAAUCCGCACCCAAAUGAUUAUUCCGAUCUUCGUGCAGCUCCUCUUCAAUGAAAUCGAAAACAUACAGCGAGUUGCUGCAGGAGUACUUUGCGAGUUAGCCGUUGACAAGGAAGGUGCCGAGAUGAUCGAACAAGAAGGUGCCACCGCACCAUUGACCGAACUUUUACAUUCACGUAAUGAAGGCGUUGCCACCUAUGCCGCUGCUGUUCUCUUCCGCAUGAGCGAGGACAAGCCUCAAGAUUAUAAGAAACGAUUGUCCGUUGAACUGACCAACUCGCUACUGCGCGAAGAUCCUAAUAUGUGGAAUAAUGCUGAUUUCACUAUGGGACCUGAUCUACAGGAUAUGCUCGGAGCCGAACAAGCAUACGAGGGUAUGUAUGGACAAGGACCACCAAGUAUACACAGCAGCCACGGUGGGGGUGGUAUGUACCAGCCUCAAGGUUAUGACCAGAUACCAAUAGAUUCGAUGCAGGGUCUUGAGAUUGGCGGUAACGGAUCAACCUAUGGCGCAAUUGAUGCGAUGGACGUAUCACACGAAGACGACCUGAGCUUCGAGCAACUUGGUGAUCUUCAGCCGCCUCCUCAAGCUCAGCCAACCCCUAAUCAAGAUCAGAAUUCCGUAUCCGCCGCUUGGUACGACACGGAUCUCUGAACGACUAUCCAAGUGACUGACAGGAUGUCUACUGGACCUUUAAUCAUUUGACGAAGCUGAGUGUGCCUUGACUUCGAGCUUAUUUCUAUUUCAAAUUAUAUAUUGAUACAUAAAGCAUAUCAUCACAGGGUAAAAUUAUAAAGAAACGUAUUCGAUUCAGAUGAAUUUUCUUUUUUUACAACACGGAGUAUUUAUAAAGAGCUUCUAGUAGACAUGCUGCCCCAGGAAAAAAUAAAAUUUUCAAUUUGCAUUUUUUUUUAACAUAAAGUAACGUGAAAGAAUUUUUUUCAAUGAUUUUCUUUCUUCAAUCUAAUAAGAAUAAGGCAGUAUAGUUUUUAGAAUAAUUUUUUUAGUGAAUUCACUUAUGUAGCUAGUGUUGUUUUGACAGACGAAUCAGUGUAAAUACUUUGAUUAUCUGUUCAUUUUUUAAAAGCGCUUGAAAUAAACAUUCUAAACAUUACAACUAAAUGAAACAUCUAGACUUUGAAUGAUUUCAAUGUAGACAAUAUUUGUUUCAAGCUCCAAUCUUUGAUUCGCGACGCGGUUUAGCCACUCGUGGUUUACUGUCGACGCGAUCCCAUCUCGAUGCAGAUGUUUUGACAGUGGCAAUUUUUUUUCACAAGAAAGUAUAUUAUAAUUAUUAUAUAAUACGAAUAUACAAUUAUGUAUUUGUAUUCUAGAAUUUUAGCGACGAUUGAGAAAUAAAAGAUUACUAUAAUGG